AUGCCUUCGGCAGACAAGCCUAUCCUCCUUCACAUUGGGGACCCUAUCAAACACAAUCCCAAAGUUUAUGAGCGGCUGACCGAGAACUUCACGAUCAUCCGACCCAGUGAUGAGGAGAGACAACGGCCCUUGUUCAUGGAAGCGCUCAAGGAGAAGCGAUGGGGCGACUUUGUAGGCAUCUUCCGGCCUUUCUGGAAUACUGGCGGCGAGAUGGGACGGUGGGACCUUGAACUUGUCUCGUUACUGCCUCAAUCCGUGAGGAUCUUCGCAAGCGCAGGAGCAGGAUAUGAUUGGGCUGAUAUUGAUGUUCUGGCGGAGCACGGCAUUGUGUACUGCAACGGCGCCGCUGCUUCAUCCGAAGCUGUUGCCGACAUGGCGAUUUUUCAUAUCCUGUCAGUUUUCAGGAACCUUACCUGGUCGCAUUUGGCUGCAAGGUCUGGCGAGGCGGAGCAGUGGACUGAAGCUCAUAAGUAUGCGACGAUGACUGCACAUAACCCCAGUGACCAUAUAUUGGGCAUCAUUGGCUUGGGAAACAUCGGCCUGAGAAUCGCCCAGAAAGCUUACCAAGCUUUUGGCAUGAAGAUCCAUUACCACGACAUUGUGAAGAAAUCGAGUGAGAUUGAAGGGUCAAUUGAGGCGACGUACGAAGCGACUCUAGGGGAUCUCUUGGCGACGUCGGAUUGUGUCGUGUUGGCCACUCCAUUCGGUGGAAAGAAGCUCAUCACAAGAGAGACACUGGCCGAGUUCAAGACCGGCUCACGAUUUGUGAACAUCGCUCGAGGCACGCUUGUGGAUGAAGAAGACCUGUACCAGGCACUGAAAUCCGGACAACUGUUCGCGGCGGGACUGGAUGUGUUUGAAAAUGAACCCCACGUGCACACGGAGCUGACGAAGCUUCGACAAGUCACCCUAACUUGCCACAACGCUGGUGGUGCAAUUGAGACGAACUUGGGAUUUGAGAGACUGUCGAUGGAGAAUUGUGAAGAGUAUCUACUAAGAGGCAAGGCGCUGACCCCUGUAAACAUGCAUCUCUUGGAAAAUGCUUAG